AUGAAGGAUUCAGCUUCCAUUCUUCCAAACGCCAUACCUUCAUGCUCUCAAAUUAACAAACAAAAUCCAGUAGCAUACGGCAAUCCACAAGCGGGCACCGUUGUGGAUACGGAUGUGGUGCGGAAUGACAUCACUGAAUUUUACAUGCAGAGUCAUCAUGCCUUCCAGGGCACUGCAAAGCCUACAUCGUAUCAAGUUAUUGUGGACGAGAAUGACAUGAGCAUGGACGAGGUGCAGUCACUGAUGUUAGCUCUUACAUUUCAUCAUCAAAUAUCUGGUGCGGCUGUGUCACUGCCUGAACCGGUGUAUCAAGCCGAUGAAUGGGCUAAGCGUGGAAACAACAUAUUUAAUGCGUAUAUGUGA